UUUACUUAAGUAUUUUGUGGUUCCUUAAUUCGCAUUUUAAUUAUUCAUCUAUGAAUAUAAUGUACGGCUUCUGUGACGGCAAUCGGCGACAACUUACGCAGAUAGAACCACAAAUUAUGAAAACAAUUAAAAUAUAAUAACUAUCUCCAGUAUAAAGACCUACCAUUGGCAACAGGCUUCAAUUGUUUACUCCAAAAGAGUAGAGAUGUUUGCUUCUAGGUGUAUUUUAAUUGUUGGUGUUUCGCUAGUGUUAAGUGGACUUGCUAAAUGUGAAUCUUUGAGCGCCAAACAAGAAGCAGACAUUGUUAAAUUUAUUUCUCAUGAGAUACUAAUUUAUGAUGUGCAUGAUGAGGCCACUCUAAACAAGUGUUUGGUAAAACUUACGGCGUUGUUGAGACCGUACAUGAGAUAUGGCAUUAAAACAUGGAAUGUCCCAGUUUUGGAGCCCAUGUUUCUGAAGAGUGUCAGGAUCCUUACACCUGAAACUCAACUGAAGGCACAAUUCAAAGAUGUCCUCAUCUAUGGGUUAUCUAAGUUCAAAGUUAAUUACAUAAAGACUUACCCGGAGAAGUACACAUUUGACUUCAGCCUACAGUUUCCCGAUCUCAAAUUGCUGGGCUACUAUGACCUCGAUGGUCAGAUCCUGAUAAUGAAGCUGAAAGACCAUGGUCCUUUCACAGCUAACAUAACUAAUGUUGAAGCAAUAGUGAAGAAUAAGUUUGAAGUUACCAAUGGGGUACUUCUAUUAAAAGAAGUAAACACUGAUUUCACAUUUGAUAAGUUCAGAUUCCAUUUGGAUAACUUGUUCCAAGGCUCGGAAGUUGGUGAGACAGUUAACGAGUCUUUGAACCAACAAGUGGAUGUGUUGUUAAAAGAGCUGAAACCUGGUUUUGUGAAAGAAAUCAACAAAAUUGUAAUUCAGACUCUUCAAAAAGGAUUACAGAACCUUCCCCUAAAAAAGUGGCAAGCGGCGAUUCGUCAAUAAACCUUUAAAUAAAAACAAAACACUUUAACACUGAUCUUUUAUUAAUUACAUAACUUCUUGACUAUCACACUUCACUCUUAACUUAAAAGGUGGUAUCCUUCUUGAUCUUGGCAACUUUAGGAUCGUCUGGCCUCAUGAUGACGUAG